CUUUAACCGUCAGUGAUGAGUGGUGAUGCGCUCGUCAUCAAGGAGGAACCAGGUGAGGUGAACAACCAUCGAGACACUAGAGCCUGGGUCAGACGGCGGCGUGCCCACUCUAUAAGAGCCCAGUCGACCGUCAAGACUGCUGUGUUCCAGUCCACAUCUGGAUCAGAAGAUACACUACACAUCAGGACUCUCCUAGCCCUUCCAUUCUCCAGUUGCGCAGUGUAUGGUAAUCCGGGCUACAUGACUGAUGCAGUAAGCCUUGGGGACGUACCCCUUGUUAAGUCCAUGGAGGUGGUGGCGUCCAUGGGGACCGUGGCAGUGACUGUAGCAGCGGUGGCGGCCAUAACACUCCUUCUCCUCGCUGGUAUUAUCUACUGUUGCUGCAAAAGUCUUCGGGGAGGCGAUACUAGUUGUGCAGAUGGAAGCUUGUUUUUUGAACGUCGGGAGAGGUACCCGUUGUUGCAAAACAGAUCUGCCAAGGACCAUAACGGGGAUGACCACACUAAAACCCUGGGCUCCAGCGGUAUGAGCAGAAAGUGGGACUUUAACAAAAGGCGUCGCUUAGACAGCGACAACAUUCCCAGCAAUUGGGACGUGACAAAGAUGUACGGCCCCAGUAAGUACCCACCACCACCCAUUCCUCUUCCAGCCACCAACACUUCUCUUAUGGCUACAUCAGUCACCGCCACUGCUGUUGCCGCUUCCGCCGUCGCCAACACCACCACCACUGUCGCCACCAUCACUGCCGCUGCCACCACCGUCGACUCUACCUCAGUCGCUGCCGUCACACCUGUAGACUUGUUCUCUUUCAGACCCCGUCCCGCCCCAAUUAUCUAUGACUCGUGCGAUUCGUCCUAUGGAACAAUUAAGCUUCCACGGGAUUCGUAUAUUACGCAGAGUACAAGCACACCCUCAUCUCCGGACGCCCCAUUCGUGUACAUCCCACCCCUCCCCGAUGAUAUCAAGAAGUUGACAAUGUCGUUCCCUAAGAAGUUGCACAAGGCCGAUGACAGACGACCCUUAUCUGCUCCCCCAGUUGUUACGCGUCAGCUGGAAGAAUCUCCGAAAAAGACUCUUGGGAACGUUGCCAGCCCUGUCCAGCGUUGGUUCUUCCUCAUGAAAAAGUCUGCGGCGGUUAACGCUAAUGUUGAUAGUGUAGACUCUGAACGAAGGAAGUCUUCAGCGGCCGACUUGGGCACCAAUGAUGUAGACCUGAAGCCCGUAUCUUCGCCCCAGACAGUGGCAAGUUGUGGUAUAGAAGACAUGAAGGCUAGGCUUGAUAAACUUAACAGACAAAUGGUGAACGCCUCGAAGCCACAAAAACGGAAGUACAUCUACCCAGACCCCAAUGACCUCAGAAAUCACAUUACCCGUUAACUAACUUAUUGUGAUCUUGUAUAUAGACGAUGCAUUGGGAAUGAAUUUUAAGUUUGAUGGGAAUAAUCCUCUGAUUCUAGAGUUAGCUGGGUUUAUUCAUUGCUUUAGUUUUGCCAUUGACUUUAGCCUGCCAAAAAUUCUCAAUGCGUCGUGCUUUUACAACUUUCCCCAUAGAGACUAAGGCUUGUCUGCACGAAUAUUUUAAGCAUGGUAUCCAUACCAUCGACUUUAUUUUCCAUUACAGGAAUGUUUUAAAAAUUUUAAUUGCUACCUCGGUUUUUUAAAUAACUUAUUUUUCUUUGAACGAGGAUAUAAAUGGUAUGCAUUCAAAAUCAUGAAAGGCUCCAACCAAGGAAAUUUGAGAAUUAUGCUCCUAACUUAUUAAAGUAAUUUAAAAAUGUGAUAGUUGGGUAAUAAGAGUGAACCAGCCCGAAUGCAUAUAGAUUGCACGGGUGGGUUUUGAUUUUAUAAGUUGUAGCGAUUUGGUGAGACCUGCACCUCUUAAAUUCGUUAAAUUAAUGAAACAUGAAAUCUGCGAUUUAGCAAUACUUUAAGCAAACUGUUCAUAUUAGUUUCAUUUCUUAGAGAUCGCAAUAAUAUUGAAAUUAAAGUUGCUUUAGAAGCUUUCAUUUAGGCUAGAGCAGGAAAUGAAUAAUAUUUAAUAGAAUGAUUCCCAGGGAUGACUUAAGAUUAAGUUAAAUUUGACUCGCCAAUAAAGCAAGUCGUCCCUUAUCGCCUGCUAGCUCAUAACUGGUCCCCGUGUUGUUGACUGUCAGGUACGGUCAGCUUCCUCGGUUAAUUUUUUUAAAAUUAGUAUAGUUUGCUUUCAUUGUCUGGUAUCCAAAGAGCUUGGAUUAUCUGUUGCACUGUUACAAAUUAAUUUACCAAUGUAUGUAUUUGUAUACGUAAUAAAGAUGUUUAGGCAA